CGCAGCGGUUUCUUAGCAGCAGCGGUUUCUUAGCAGCUUGUGAUCUCGAGUGGGUUUCUGCUCCGUGAACUUGUGCGGUCUUGCUGUAACCCUUUUAAGUCAGCUUUCAGUGAAAACAGUGACUUGUGGAAGAGCAACGAAAUGAAUCGAGGGUUAAUACUGAAGUUUGAAAAUCUGGUCCAGUUACACUGUGCUUGCAGACAGUUGCAUACUGUGUCGUACGGAAAGCUUUACAGAACACAAUGGAAGCCUGUGCAGUCAUCUACCUAUUCCAUAUGGUCCGUUCAUGUGUACCCACAGUUCUGGCAAACAGACAAAUUAAUCAGUGUGGCCUUAACACAUUACAGACAUCUAGCUACAAAGGAGGAGAAGAAAAAGAAUAGAAAGAAAUUACCCUUAACAAAAGGUGAAGUGGAGAUAAAGCAGAAAAUGACCGUUGAAGAACUUGCAAGAGCUAUGGGUAAAGACAUAGAUCAUAUUUAUGAAGCCCUGCUAUACACAGAUAUUGACUUUGAUUCACUAGAACCAGAUUCCAUCUUAUAUGAAGACUACAUCAAGUUAAUUGUUAAAAAAUCAGGAAUGAAGUAUAAAUCGGCAAAACUGAAAGAAGAAAAAGAAAAAGAAAAUACAGAUGCUGUGAAAAGGCCUCCUGCAGACCCAGCAGUCUUAGCCCCACGACCUGCAGUUGUUACUAUACUGGGCCAUGUUGAUCAUGGGAAGACAACUUUACUUGACAGUCUACGAAAAACUCAGGUGGCAUCAAUGGAGGCAGGAGGCAUUACACAACACAUUGGUGCUUUUUUGGUGCAUUUGCCUUCUGGGGAAAAGAUAACUUUUCUUGAUACUCCUGGACAUGCAGCUUUUUCAGCUAUGCGAGCGAGAGGUACCAACGUUACCGAUAUUGUCAUACUGGUUGUAGCAGCAGAAGAUGGAGUAAUGGAACAAACUAUAGAAUCCAUCCAACAUGCUAAAAAUGCAGGAGUUCCUCUUAUUCUUGCUAUUAACAAAUGUGACAAACCUGAAGCUGAUCCUGAAAGAGUGAAGAAGGAAUUGCUGGCUUACGAUGUGAUUUGUGAAGAACUUGGAGGUGAUGUUCAAACUGUAAAUAUUUCUGCACUCAAGGGUGAAAAUCUGAUGGUUUUAGCAGAGGCAACAGUUGCUUUAGCAGAGAUGUUAGAAUUGAAGGCAGAUCCCACAGGUCUGGUAGAGGGGACUGUAAUUGAGUCUCGGAAAGACAAAGGAAAAGGUCCAGUUACCACAGCCAUCAUCCAAAGAGGAACUCUGAAAAAAGGGUGCAUUCUAGUUGCAGGGAAGACCUGGGCAAAAGUGCGUUUCAUGUUUGAUGAGAAUGGCAAAGCUGUAGAUGCAGCCUCUCCAGGCAUACCUGUGGAAAUCAUGGGCUGGAAAGAAGUUCCUUCAGCAGGAGAUGAAAUCCUUGAAGUAGAAUCUGAGCAAAGGGCACAUGAAGUUGUGGCUUGGAGAAACUACAUUGAACAACAGGAGAAGAUGAAAAGGGAUUUGGAAGUUAUUGAAGCAAAGCAAAAGGAACACAGGACGGAGUAUGAGAAGAAGCAACAGAAGCUAGCCCAUCUGACCUGGAGACAGAGAAAGACAGCACUAUACAAGGCUAACAAACAUCUCAUGUUUUCAAAGCCAAAAGAGAGAACAGAGAUUGACAAAAAUGUACUAUCAGUAAUUGUUAAAGGUGAUGUAGAUGGAUCUGUUGAAGCUAUUCUAAACAUUCUGGACAGCUAUGAUGCUGACAGUGAAUGUAAACUGGAUAUCAUCCAUUUUGGAAUGGGAGAUAUCAGUGAAACUGAUAUAAGUCUUGCUGAAGCUUUUAAUGGUGUUGUAUAUGGAUUCAGUGUGAAAGCCAGUGAAACUAUUAAAAAGCUGGCUGCUAAGAAGGGAAUAAAAAUUAAACUUCACAAUGUUAUCUACAAACUUAUUGAAGAUGUGAAACAUGAGCUAAAUAGCAGAUUACCCCCAUCUGUGGUAGAAAAUACGAUAGGAGAAGCUUCUGUACUUGACACCUUCUCUGUAACAGUAGGAAAAAGUAAAGUUCCAGUAGCUGGGUGCAGAGUACACAAAGGGCAGCUAGACAAAAAGAUGAAAUUUAAGUUAAUCCGUAAGGGAGAUGUUAUUUGGAGAGGAUCCUUAUCAUCAUUGAAGCAUCAUAAAGCUGAUGUCCAGAUAAUAAAAACUGGUAUGGAUUGUGGCAUAAGUUUGGACAAGGAUAUAGAAUUCAAUGUUGGAGAUGAAAUUAUCUGUUACGAAGAAAAAGAAAUUGAACAGACAACUUCGUGGGAUCCAGGAUUUUGAAGUACAUUUGAAUACACUACACUAAAGGACAUGCAUUGUUCCUGGCUGGAGCAAUGGGUUAUAAACUCUUCACUUUAAGUGAAUUUAUUAAGCGGCUCAUAUGAAUCUUUAGACCUGAUAUUUAUAUAGUGUUGUUCUACUUUUAAAUCUUGUCAAUUACUGCCUUGGAGUAGAGGCUACACUGGAAGAAUUAACUGCAAAUACUUCAGAUGGGUAAAACUAUCAAGAUAAAUUUCUGGUGACUAUCAGAAAUCAUAAAUGCAAUGGUUCCAGCAUAGCUGAGCUGCUCCCCUGUAAUGCACCACUACCUUCAGUAAAGAAAGAAAAAGCUG